AUGGAAGAGGCGGAGCACAAGGAUGCCCUAGUCGUUGCAGGGACGGAAGUGCUAGCUGCGCUGCUAGCAGGUAUGAUGAUGGCACGGGUUACGGCCGGAUUUAAGGGGGGUGUGAAGGAAGAUAAGGAAGAGAGGGAAGAUGACAUUAUGUCGGUUUGA